GUGACGUGAUGUGUAGUUGUGUGAGUGAACAACAAGGGGUUGUGUAGAAGUCGUCAAACGAGACCCUCAGAAGGCGUUUUGGAUCCAGCAGCAGCCGCAAGAAACUGUGAAAAGCCGGUUUCUGAGGAACAUUUUACACCACUUGUGUACCGCUUUGCGGAUUAUUUUGUCUACUGUCGUUCCUUUCCUCAGAGCCUAAAAAAUGGCGAGCGUUUCGUAUCAGAUUGCGAAUUUGUUGGAGAAAAUGACAUCAAGCGACAAAGAUUUUCGCUUCAUGGCAACAAAUGAUUUAAUGUCAGAACUCCAAAAGGAUAGUAUUAAACUGGAUGAUGAUUCUGAACGUAGGGUGGUAAAGAUGCUUCUUCGACUUCUAGAAGACAAAAAUGGUGAAGUGCAGAAUUUAGCUGUAAAAUGUUUGGGCCCAUUAGUUAACAAAGUGAAGGAAUAUCAAGUGGAAACCAUUGUGGAUAGUUUGUGCUCCAAUAUGAUAUCUGAGAAAGAACAGCUUCGUGACAUCUCAAGCAUUGGUCUAAAAACAGUUAUCAGUGAACUGCCACUGACAUCCAGUUCUCUGGCAUCUAACGUAUGCCGCCGCAUCACAGGCAAACUUAGCAAUGCCAUUGAGAAACAAGAAGAUGUUUCUGUUCAGUUGGAAGCUCUGGAUAUUUUGGCUGAUCUACUGUCACGAUUUGGAUCACUCCUUAUCCCUUUCCACCAACAGAUACUGCAUGCUCUGCUCCCACAACUCUCCUCUCCUAGGCAGGCUGUUCGCAAGAGGACAAUUGUGGCCUUGAGCCAUUUGGUUAUGUCUUGUAACCAAAUGCUGUACACUACUUUGAUUGAUUUUCUCUUAGAACAGCUUUCCAAAAACUCAUCAACUUCCACGACUCGCACAUACAUUCAAUGUAUUGCUUCUCUCUGUCGGCAGGCUGGACACCGUUUUGGUGAGCAUAUUGAAAGAGUGAUGAAUUUGUUAGUAAAGUACAGCCAGGAAGAAGAUGAUGAACUAAGAGAGUACUGUCUGCAGGCAUGUGAAGCAUUUGUGCAUCGAUGCCCCAAGGAAAUAACACCUCACAUUCAUUUGAUUGUGAAGUUGUGUUUGAAAUACAUUACUUAUGACCCCAACUAUAAUUAUGAUGAUGAUAAUGGAAUGAUGGAUGAUGAGGCCAUGGAAACAGAGGAAGAUGAUGAUGAUGACAAUGAUGAAUAUUCAGAUGAUGAUGAUAUGAGUUGGAAAGUUCGCCGGGCUGCUGCUAAAUGUUUGGAAGCAGUCAUAGCUACCAGACAUGAGCUCCUGGCUGAGUUCUAUAAGACUGUCAGCCCUGCACUCAUUGCACGCUUUAAAGAACGUGAGGAAAAUGUGAAGAGCGACAUCUUCCAUGCCUAUGUUGCCCUUCUUAAGCAAACCAGGCCUACUGCUGUGAACAUGGACCCAGAUAGUAUGGAGCAGGAAGAAGGUCCUCUUUACCUUCUACAAGCUCAGAUUCCUGCCAUUGUGAAGGCUGUGCAACCUCAAAUGAAAGAAAAGAGCAUUAAAACUCGCCAAGACAGUUUUGCCUUGCUAAAGGAACUGACUGUAGUUUUACCAGGGGCUCUGACAAAUCACAUUGCAUCCCUUCUUCCAGGCAUCCAGUAUUCAUUGGGUGAUAAGAAUUCUAGUAGCAAUAUGAAAAUUGACACAUUGGCAUUCCUGAAUUGUCUCUUGACUACACACACUCCUGAGACAUUCCAUGGCUUUAUGAAUGUUCUUGUUCCUCCCAUUAUCACUGCAGUUGGUGAUUCGUUUUACAAGAUUACAGGCGAGGCCUUAUUGGUCCUGCAACAGCUUGUAAAAGUCAUAAGACCUCUUGAACCACGGAGCAGUUUUGAUUUCACUCCAUUUGUAAAUGAUUUGUACCAGUGCACGGUUGUGAGACUAAAAGCUGCUGAUAUUGACCAGGAAGUGAAGGAGCGUGCAAUUUCAUGUAUGGGACAAAUACUGUGCAAUUUGGGUGAUCAUUUACAGGCUGAAUUACCAACAUGUUUGCCUAUUUUCUUGGAUCGUUUGCGUAAUGAGAUAACUCGAUUAACUACUGUGAAGGCCCUAACAAAGGUUGCAGCCUCUCCUUUGCAUAUUGACCUUUCUCCAAUUAUUUUGGACGCUGUUCCUGUACUUGGUUCAUUCUUGCGGAAGAAUCAAAGAGCCCUUAAACUCGCCACGUUAACUCUCCUUGACACAUUUGUGAAGAACUAUGGUUCAGCUUUGAAUAUCACACUACUGAAUGCUGUGAUUGUUGAGCUGCCACCUCUCCUCAGUGAGGCUGAUUUGCAUAUUGCACAGUUGACGCUUCUUCUACUCACUUCAAUUGCUCGACUUCAACCUCAAGCCCUGUCUUUUGUAGCAAAUGCUAUUUUACCUGAAACAUUGAAUCUAGCAAAGUCACCUCUUCUUCAAGGAGCUGCAUUAUCUUCAAUGUUGGAGUUCUUCCAGGCCCUUGUUGCUGCCAAUUUACCUGGGUUGGGUUACAGAGAUCUACUUCAGCUGCUCAUGGCUCCAAUCACUGUAAACAGCAGCAGUCCCACUGUAUCAGCUACUCCAACAUUGCACAAGCAGGCAUUCCAUUCUCUUGCAAAAUGUGUUGCUGCACUGACAGUGACAUGGAAACCGGAGGCUAUAAUGGUUGUUGAGCAAUUCCUGGGAGAUGUUAAUGGUCAACGUUCUGACUCUCAGCAUAUAUUUGCUCUUCUAGUAAUUGGAGAAAUUGGUCGUCACAUUGAUCUUUCUGGCAUACAACACCUUAAACAAGUAAUUUUGAACUCCUUCUCACACCCUUCGGAAGAAGUUAAGUCUGCUGCUAGUUAUGCUCUAGGCAGCAUUGCAUUGGGUAAUCUCCAGGAAUUUCUUCCCUUCGUGUUACAAGAGAUUGAUGCUCAGCCUAAGAGGCAGUACCUCUUGCUUCAUUCACUUAAGGAGGUCAUCUCUUGUCAAUCAACAUCUUUGGCUGGAGUUCAACAGUUGCAGCCAUUCGUCCCUGCAAUUUGGCAGCAACUCUUUCGGCAUUGUGAAUGUGCUGAAGAAGGCACAAGGAAUGUUGUCGCGGAAUGUUUAGGGAAACUGACUCUCAUAGAUCCAGAGAACUUACUGCGCCGCCUUCAAGAAUCAUUGAACUCCCCUUCAGCCCUAAUGAGAACAACAGUUGUGACUGCUGUUAAAUUUACUAUUUCAGACCAGCCUCAAGCCAUUGACCCCUUAUUGAGGCAGUGCAUUGGCCAGUUCCUCAGUACCCUUCAAGACCCAGAUCUAAAUGUGCGACGGGUUGCUCUUGUAGCUUUCAACUCAGCAGCCCACAAUAAACCAUCCCUUGUCAGAGAUCUUCUGGAUACCGUUCUUCCUCACCUAUAUAGUGAGACUCAAGUUAGAAAAGAGUUGAUUCGAGAAGUUGAGAUGGGUCCUUUCAAACAUCGAGUAGAUGAUGGUCUGGAUAUUCGUAAGGCAGCUUUUGAGUGCAUGUAUACUCUGCUGGAUGCAUGCCUUGAAAGACUGGAUGUAUUUGAGUUUCUCAACCAUCUCGAGCAUGGAUUGAAGGAUCACUAUGACAUCAAAAUGCUAACCUAUCUUAUGGUUGCCCGUUUAGCGCAACUUUGCCCUACUGCUGUUCUUCAAAGGUUGGAGAGAUUAGUUGAGCCUCUGAGAAAUACUUGCACUAUGAAAGUAAAUCCUAACUCAGUGAAACAGGAGUUUGAAAAACAGGAUGAAUUAAAGAGAUCUGCCCUCAGAGCUGUUGUUGCUCUCUUGACCAUCCAGGAUGCAGGUAACACAAUUGCUUUCUCUCAUUGUUUUGGAACUUUAAAUAUCAAAAGUAGUUCAAAUUGUAAUUUAUUUGUUUGCUUUUACCCUUCAGACAAAAAUCCCAAUUUGACAGAAUUUGUUACUCUGAUCAAAAGUACUCCUGAGCUGCAGAAUGUUUUUGAAACUAUUCAAAAGGAUAGUUCUGUUUCAAGUCAAGACUCAAACCAAAUGGAUUUGAGUUGAACUUAACGUUCUUUUCAUUGUGAUCUAAUGAUAAGUUGUAAGGAAAUCACCAAAAACUUUCUACUCUGGAAAUUUACUUCAAGUGACCAUUAACCUAUGUCCAAUUUCUUAACCUUACCUCUAUUACUUGGAUCUGGUUGGUUUUAUCUCAUCAUUUUGUGAUCGUAAAUGUUCACCUGACUGUCUUCAGUAACAAACAAAACAACUAAAAGUUGUUAGCAAGGAGUAAUUCUUUUUUUUUUUUUUUUUUGCUAAGUAAGUUUCCCUGAUCAUUUUAGGAAGUCUAUGUGAUUAUAGGUUUUAAUAUGGUAAAGUUUUGAUAAUUUAUAAUUGUGUGUUAACUCUGUAUAUUUGAAGUCAGGGAAUUGAACUUAAAUAAGAUGAAAUAUCAGAUAAACUGAUAUUGUCUGUCAACAAAUAAUCAAAAAUAAAAGUUUUUCAUUUGAACCAGCAGAA